AUGUCUGAACUGACUACCGUUAAAUCUAACUAUUCUUCAUUGCCCUUCCACCAGCAACUAAUUUUGAAAAGAAUUUGGGCCCAUCUCUUCAAUCUCUGGAAUGUUCCUGUUUCUGGCACAUUAUAUUUAUUCGAUUUACAAGGCUCGUUAUCAGAACAAGAAAAUGAAGAUUGCAUUGGUGAACCAUUAAAUGUGGGAAUAAAGCAUUCCGAAUUCGAACACUUGGAUAUCGAUUCAGGUGUUUUAUAUUCUGAAUUUUGGGAUAUGCUAAGAGUGGAAUCUCCAGAUUGCCAUCUUUUGAGAUUCGCUAAAGCUAGAAACUUUCAUAUUAAUAAAACUAUCCACAUGUUAUCUAAAAAUUUCAAAUUCCGUCAUCAACAUCAACUAAAUAAAUUACUAAAUAAUGGUGAAUAUAAAAUUUUCACAGAAAGAGAUGUGAACCCAGGUGUUGUUGUCUGUUUAGAGAAACAAAAGGCCGUAUUAUUUGGCCAAGAUAAUCAAGGUAGACCAUACAUUCUAGUUAGACCUAAAUUACAUUAUUCAAAAGAUCAAACGCAAUCAGAACUGGAGAAAUAUGCCCUAUUAAUCAUUGAAAUAUCUCGUUUAUUUAUGAAGGAGGGUUCAAUUAGCAUAUUAUUUGAUUUAACUGAUUUUUCUUUAUCGAAUAUGGAUUACACACCAGUGAAGUUUAUCAUAUCAUGUUUUGAGGCGCACUAUCCAGAGUCCCUAGGUUCCUUAUUUAUUCAUAAAGCUCCUUGGUUAUUUUCUCCGAUCUGGAAUAUUAUUAAAAACUGGUUGGAUCCGGUAGUAGCUUCAAAGAUUACUUUUACUAAAAAUAUCAAGGAAUUAACUAAGUACAUUGAUUUAGAUCAGUUACCUACGUAUUUGAAAGGAGAAAAUGAUUCAAUAAACCUAGAUAAAUAUACUCCACCAGACGGGUCAAAGGAUAAUUUAUUACAUGUUAAAGAAGAUGAUGGAGAUGAUUAUGAUUACAAAAAGAAAAUGACAGUUUUAAAGAAAAGAGAUCAAUUAUUGAAAAAAUUCCAGGAUUUAACUAUUCAAUGGAUUCAAACUAAAGAUGAAUUUGAAUCACAAAAACUUUGGCAACUUAAAUGUGAAAUUGGUGAAGAAUUGUGCCAAAAUUAUGUUCAGUUAGAUCCUUAUAUUAGAUCUAGGUCAUCUUAUGAUAUCAUCGGUACUUUAAAAAUGUAA